AUGUCGUCAACGUCGUCCAAGCCGAAGAGAGCAGGCGGCCUCCGGGGCCUCAGGCCGCAGCCGCUGAGCCUGCCGGCCCGGCCGUCCAAGAAGCCGCGCCACGCCGGACCAGCCGGGCCCGUGAUCGUGUACGAGCGCACGCCGAGGGUCGUCGACGCCGACCCGCACGAGUUCAUGGCCGUCGUGCAGAGGCUCACGGGCAAUUGCAAGCAGCGGCCGUCGACGGCGGCCACGACGCUGCCACCAGAGGCGUCGUCCGGAUCCGGAGCUGCUAGGGACGGCAGGGCCCCGACGUCUUUGGUUCUCACGCUUGGCCAGCAGCAGCCUGCGCCGUGCGGUGGUGAUCAUCAUCCGGAACCUUCUGCUUCCCCGUCUGCCGCAUCGUCGCUGCUGUCCCCGAGCAGCUUCUUCUUCUCCCCGGCCACCAUGCAGGCGAUACGAGAGCUCAUCAGCUGA